CAGCAGAGAGAAGUGGCCAGAGAGGCCCAGGGGAAGCCAGGGACGGCAGACAUGCGGCGGGGGCCCAGGGGCCUGGACAGGGGCUGAUGGGCCCGUGACAGGAGGAGCCCGAGCCCCCGGCCCGGGGAGGGGACAUGGUGCUGCCUGCCCGACAUGUCAGCCGAAGUGCGGCUGCAGCGGCUCCAGCAGCUGGUGCUGGACCCAGGCUUCCUGGGGCUGGAGCCCCUGCUCGACCUUCUCCUGGGCGUCCACCAGGAGCUGGGCGCCUCCGACCUGGCCCAGGACAAGUACGUGGCCGACUUCUUGCAGUGGGCGGAGCCCAUCACGGCGAGGCUUAAGGAGGUCCGACUGCAGAGGGAUGACUUCGAGAUUCUGAAAGUGAUCGGACGCGGGGCGUUCAGCGAGGUUGCGGUGGUGAAGAUGAAACAGACGGGCCGGGUGUACGCCAUGAAGAUCAUGAAUAAGUGGGACAUGCUGAAGAGAGGCGAGAUAUCGUGCUUCCGAGAAGAGAGGGAUGUGCUGGUGAACGGGGACCGGCGCUGGAUCACGCAGUUGCAUUUCGCCUUCCAGGACGAGAACUACCUAUACCUGGUCAUGGAGUACUACGUGGGCGGAGAUCUGCUGACGCUGCUGAGCAAGUUUGGAGAGCGGAUCCCGGCCGAGAUGGCGCGCUUCUACCUGGCCGAGAUUGUCAUGGCUAUCGACUCGGUGCACCGGCUGGGCUACGUGCACAGGGACAUAAAGCCGGACAACAUCUUGCUGGACCGCUGUGGCCACAUCCGCUUGGCCGACUUCGGCUCCUGCCUCAAGCUGCAGGAGGACGGAACGGUGCGGUCGCUGGUGGCCGUGGGCACCCCGGACUACUUGUCGCCCGAGAUCCUGCAGGCCGUGAGCGGCGGGCCCGGGACAGGCAGCUACGGGCCCGAGUGUGACUGGUGGGCGCUGGGCGUGUUCGCCUAUGAGAUGUUCUACGGGCAGACGCCCUUCUACGCUGACUCCACGGCCGAGACCUACGGCAAGAUCGUCCACUACGAGGAGCACCUGUCUCUGCCAGUGGCAGACGCAGGGGUCCCCGAGGAGGCCCAAGACCUCAUCCAGCAGCUGCUGUGUCCCCCAGAGACACGGCUGGGCCGGGAUGGAGCUGGAGACUUCCAGAAGCACCCUUUCUUCUUUGGCCUCGACUGGGAUGGACUCCGCGACAGCUCCCCGCCCUUUACACCAGACUUCGAGGGUGCCACUGAUACGUGCAACUUCGACGUGGUGGAGGACGGGCUCACUACCAUGGUGAGCGGGGGCGGGGAAACGCUGUCGGACAUGCAGGAGGGCGUGCCGCUGGGUGUCCACCUGCCUUUCGUGGGUUACUCCUACUCCUGCAUGGCCCUCAGGGAUGAUGAGGUCCCAGGCCCCACACCCAUGGAACUGGAGGCUGAGCCAUUGCCUGAGCCACAUGUGCAAGCUCCUAGCCUGGCGCCCACCGUGCCGCUACCAGAGGAAAUAGCGGAAGCGGCCAUCCCAGCGGAGGCCGAGGUGACGCUACAGGAGCUCCAGGAGGCGCUGGAGGAGGAGGUGCUGACCCGGCAGAGCCUGAGCCGGGAGCUGGAGGCCAUCCGCAACGACAACCAGAACUUCGCCAGUCAACUACGCGAGGCCGAGGCCCGGAACCGAGACCUGGAGGCGCACGUCCGGCAGCUGCAGGAGCGGAUGGAGGAGCUGCAGGCAGAGCGAGCCGCAGCCGUCACGGGGAUCCCCAGUCCCCGGGCCACGGAUCCACCUUCCCAUGUAAGACCCCUUUCUUUCCCCUGCCUCAAGCCUGCUGCCUCCCUGUACAGACCGCCCUCCCCGUCCAGGUUUAGGGCUCAGUCUACCUCUCAGGGGCUCCAAACGAGACGCCCUCCAUUCAUCCCCCAUCUACUGGAUCAUCCUCGGUUCAAGCCUGUUACCGAAUUCCGUCCCCGGAUCUCCCCAGCCCCUCGCAACCUCGACUUCCCUCGCUGUCUCUCGCCCCCCGCCGAGCGCGGCCGGGCUGGGCUGGGCUCCGAUCGGGUCACCUGUCCCUUCUCUCUCCAGCUAGAUGGCCCCCCGGCCGUGGUUCUGGGCCCAUGCCCGCUGGUGGGGCCAGGCCCCAUGCACCGCCGCCACCUGCUGCUCCCUGCCAGGGUCCCUAGGCCUGACCUAUCGGAGACGCGUUCCCUGCUCCUGUUCGCCGCUGCUCUGGCUCCUGCCAGCGCCCUGGGCUGCACUGGGUUGGUGGCCCGCGCCGGCCAUUCCUCUCCAGUCUGGCGCCGCCCUGCAGCUGCCUGCGUCCCCUGAACCCUAGAACCCCAUCCGGUCCUCCACUCGGGCCCUGCCGGAGGUUGAGUGACACGGGCAUGGCCCAGAAGCCGCGCCCACCGCCAUCCCUGUGAGCCGGACCCGCCCCCUGCGGCCGGGGAGGGAGGAGCCGGGUCCGCGGCCGCAGCUAGAGCUCUUGGGAGGCGGGGAGCAGGGAGUGCUGCUUCCCGGGGGAACGGCUGCCCACCUCCGCCGGCUGGGAUGCAGCCCCGAAGCGGACGCGCAAGGCGCCCGUCUGGAGAAGGCACCAAGGGCCGAGGGCCUUUCACCCUGCACGCGCCUCCCUCCCGCCAUCGGCUCGCAAACCACAAACCCUCCUGUGACUGAGGCCCUGUCCUCCCGCGCCGUUCUAUUCCCGCGGCGAACGUCCGGCGCGAGCUCCGCCGCUCUCCCGGGGGCCUUCUGCUUUUGCCCGCCCUGCUCUUUCGGGGGCUCCCGCGCCCCCUCCUCACUCGCGCUGCUCCCGGAGCCACGGCCGGCUCCGCCCGCCUCGCGGUUUGGGUAUUUAUUGACCUUGUCCUGCGACUCGCUGACAGGCUCCAGGACUCCGGCACCCAGUCCACGUUUUGGAUGCACUGAGACCCCGACAUUCCUCGGUAUUUAUUGUCUCUCCCCACCUAGGACCCCACCCCCGACCCUCGCAAAUAAAAGGCCCUCUCGUCCGCCCCA